AUUUCUUUUAAUCUAAAAAAAAGCAACGAAAAGACUUAAAAAAUUUUGCCGAGAAAAUGUCAUGUGAUGUGAUAACUCGAAUAAUUCUCAUCAACAUACUUCUUCUAUUAUCAGCAUCAAAUGCUAGAAACUUUGAGUAUAGAUUAAUACAAAACAAUAACAUCCAGCGUCAGGAAUUGUUGCAACAAAAAUGUGAAAAGUAUCACUACACAGACAACAAUGAUGAAGAAAGUCAUCCAAAAUCAAUUCAUGAGAUGAGUGAAGUAGACAUGGAGCAUUUAUUGAUUGACAGAAACCAUAAAUUUCUAUACUGUUACGUUCCUAAGGUUGCAUGCACCAAUUGGAAGCGAGUCUUAAUGAUGAUAACUGAAAAAACAAAUGAAACUGAUCCGUUGCGUAUACCAGCAACAUUAGCACACACUCCAGGACUGUUUGAUAAAUUUAGUUCAUUAUCAAGCGAAGAGAAAGAACAAGUUCUAUCAGAUUAUACAAGAUUUAUUAUAGUGAGGCAUCCGUUUGAGCGACUUCUAUCUGCUUAUAGGAAUAAGUUUGAAGGAAAUUUAGAGAGUGCCAGAUAUUUUCAGACACGUAUUGGUAGAUUGAUAAUCAAGAACUUUCGUCCGCAUGCAUCCCGUGAUUCAUUAAUGAAUGGUCACGAUGUCACAUUUGAUGAGUUCGUACGUUAUUUAUUAACGCCCGAAUUGAGUAUGAAUUAUCAAUCCAAUCAAUCAUCGUUUAAUGAGCAUUGGGAAUCUAUCGCACGAUUGUGUCAUCCAUGCUUAAUUAAGUACAAUGUAAUUGGCAAAUAUGAGACGAUAAAUGACGAUUCAGCACUUGCCUUACACAUGAUUGGCGCCGAUAAUAUUACAUUCCCAAAGGUUACAAGAACAUCAGGAACUAGUGAAAAGUUGCAACAUUACAUUGAUCAAUUACCUUUAGGAUUAAUAAGGAAUCUUUAUAAAUUAUACGAGAGUGACUUCAAACUCUUUGAUUACAAUCUUGAUGACAUAUUAGGAUUUGAGCUUGGGUGAUGGCCAUGAAAUAAUUAAAUAACUAUGCACAAAAUUAUUUUUAAGGUUCCUUAUUGAGUUAUAUAGAGGAAUUAGGUUGAUACGCACA